GGUUUAGUUCUUGCAUGGUCAGAUGAUCUAUUUAUAACCCGACGCUUAUAAAUCCAUAUGGGUUGCCUAACUGAGGAUAUAAGCCCAACUACCGAAACAUCUUGACAUUGACCUGGAAAAGACUUGACUACUUUCUUGCAUCGAGACAAGUAACAAAAUCAUGUCCUCCGAACAACCAAAAUUCAAAGCAGUCUUCUUCGAUUUCAUGGGCACAUGUCUCGACUGGCACACCAGUGUUGUCCAGUCUUUGCCCCCGUCAAUUCCCAGAGAUGAAGGAUCGAAGUUGGCACUGGAAUGGCGCAGGCAGUACUUUAUCGAAAACCAGCAGCGCUUCCAACGGAAUCUACACCCCGAAGAUAUUGACAUCACCCUGGCUCGUGUGUUUGAAGCCGUACUCAACAAAUCGUACUCGGAGUAUACAUCCCACUUUGACAUCGAAACCAAAGCACAACUCAUCAAAGCAUGGCACGCUCAACCUGCCUGGCCAGAAGUGCCGAUCGCUAUACGCAGUAUCCGGGAAGAUCUCGGUUUGGAAGUCUUCGUGCAUGCCAACGGGACAACGCGCCUCCAGCUUGACCUCGUCCGCUCUUCGGGGCUGAAUUUUAAUAUGCUGUUCUCCAGCCAGUUACUGGGACUGUACAAGCCUAAUCUGGAGGCGUAUCGGAGAGCGUUACAGCUUGUUAAACUUCAGCCGGAAGAAGUAGUCAUGGUGGCAGCGCAUGCGUAUGAUUUACGAGCAGCGAAGAAGAUCGGCAUGAAGACGGUUUAUAUCCAUCGAUGGACGGAUGAUGUCGAUGAGAAUAUGGAUGAGGUUGAGAAAGAGUUUGAUGUGUUCUUAGAGGGAAUGGAGCAACUUCCUGCUACGAUUGCUCGGUUGUAAAUAGAUACUUCCAUGCAGGCUGAUACCACCCAUCCGCAUAAAUUCUAUUUUCGUAUAUUUUCUUACUAAGGUACUGAUAGACUACUUUUC